AUGACCAAAAAAGAAGUCUUUUGCCACUUUCUCUUCAUCUUCAUCUUGGUCCAAUUGCUCCCCGCCUCCGCUCGUCGGUUUCACUUCUCCGGGCGAAUCGCGGAGAACUCCCCGGCCGGGACGCCCGUAGCCGGGGUAGCCGUGCCGGUGUUAACCGGUGUUUGUCCCGGUAGUGGAGCCAAGCUCAAGGGGAGCUACGCGUGCGAUUUCCGGCUCGUUCGCCUGCAGGGACGUCGCCGGCAUUUGGUUCUGGUGUCAACUAAACGUCUGGACCGAGAGUUCAUCGCCAUGUACGAGCUGAGCGUGGACCGGUGCGCGGGGGUUCGAAUUCUGAUUCAGGUGGAGGUGUCGGACGUCAACGACAAUGCGCCCCGCUUUACCACUGGUAACCGAACCGUGGAGGUGGAGGAGUUCACCCCACUCGGUACUGAGUUGACCCGGUUCGAUGCCAAAGAUGGAGACGCGGAUGUUAACGGACGCGUGAGUUUUUACGCGCAAGAGUCCAAUUUCCUAAGGGUGGACUCAGAAAGUGGACAGGUGAUAUUGAUCGGAUCCCUCCGCGGGGUGAAGCGAGUCACGACCCGGCUUUACGUCAAAGACGGCGGGGACCCACCGCUGGUUGGCGGCCCGAUUGUCCUGGAAGUCCUGGUUCGCCGGACGGUUAAGCGAAAGUCGCGCGCCCUCCCAGAGGAGGUGAUCUACCCCGUGAGCGUCCCGGACGGAGCCGGCGUCGGGGAUCUCGUGUUUACGGUCCCCGACCGGAGGUUCGAGCAGCGAUGGUUCGAGGUGAGCUCCGACGGUGACUCGCCGGUGCAGAUCGAGAGGGACUCGGGGAGAGUUUUCCUGGCGCGCAGCUUGACGGAACCCGUGGAAGUCGUGGUCAAGAUCCACAAACACAGAGGUGACGAAUGGUAUCCGUGUCGUUUGACCCUGAGCGCGUCCAGUCAAGCCCACCUGCAAUGGACCAUGUUCCCGGCCCCCUACUUGGCGGCCGUGGGCCCCGACGCAGCCCCCGGGUCGGUGGUGUACCACCUUUCGUCACGGCAACGCGACAGCACGCCCGGACAGCCUCAGUUCCUCCUACUGGACGGUGGCGAGGACUGCUUCGAGGUAGACCGACGCUCAGGCGACAUUAGGACCACGGGGCGCCCUCUGGCCCAGAGUUAUGAGUACCACCUUCGGGUUCAAGCUGUGGAUGUGAACGGCCGCAAAGGCCCCCCUGCCGUCGUCUCUGUCCUCGCCGGCUUCCGCCCGCCGCAGUUCACCAAUGCCACCUACCAGCUCAGCGUGGCUGAGAAUGUGGCCGUCGGACAACCCGUUGGUGCGGUCCAAGCCGUGUCCUUCCAGAAGAAGACGCUAGCCUACAUGCUACAGUCCAACCCCGGCAAUCUGUUUAGCAUCAACCAGGAGAACGGCGCUCUCAGCCUCACGCGUGCCGUGGAUUUUGAAAGUGGACACAACGUGCAAACGCUACAGGUCCGGGCGUCCGAGCCCGACACGGGUCUCAGCGCAAUGAGCGAGGUUAUCAUCUACAUAACAGAUGAAAACGACUGCUCCCCGGAGUUCCUGCACUCCAUCUACACUCGCGACAAUGUUCCGGAGAACGUCGCACCCGGAACAUCAUUACUCCAAGUUGUGGCCCGAGACUGCGACUCCGGCGUCAACUCGGAAGUCGCCUACUCCAUCCUCGGCGACGACUUUGACAUCACGUCGGCGGGCGUGGUCAGCGCCGCACGUCGGCUGGACUACGAGCGCCCCAAUCACAUCUACGAGUUCCAGGUGGUCGCCGUGGACGCGGGGACGCCCCCCCGUACCGGUACCGCCUCCGUCCGCAUCCGGGUGGCCAACACCAAUGACGAAACGCCCGUCUUCUCGCAGAGCGCCUACAAGACAUUCCUGAGUGAGGACGCAGGCCCGGACACACUUGUCGCCAUCGUCCACGCCAAUGACCCCGAUGGGGACAGCGUCUCAUACGCUAUCACCGGCGGCAAUGAGGAUAGCAACUUUCUGUUGGACAACCAGAAAGGGAUCAUUAAGCUACGCCGGAGCCCUCCGCCUCGAUUAAGGGGUCCACAGUACGUCCUCACCAUCACCGCCACUGACGACAACGCGUCCGGCGGGCCGUAUCCGCUCAGCAGCUCGGCGCACGUUAUCGUCGGGAUCAACGACAUCAACAACAAUAAGCCCGUCUUCAAGGAGUGUCAAAAUUACAGUUCUAAGGCCGCCAUUUUGGAGAACCAGCCACCUGGGACUUUUGUACUGAAGGUCCAGGCGGAGGACGCCGACAUGGGGGUGAACGGAGAAGUCAAGUACGGGAUUAUGCACAGGGACGGCGUGUCGUCUGGAUUUGACAUUCAUCCUGACACUGGCGUGAUUACAUCGGCUGUGAGUUUCGACCGGGAGCGCCAGCGCGAGUUUACGCUGUCGGUGACGGCCACCGACCAGGCCGAAGAACCGCUCAUCGGAAUCUGCCAGAUCACCGUCCUGGUCGCCGAUCAGAACGACAACGAUCCCAAGUUUGAGAACAGCCGCUACCAAUACUUCCUGCGAGAGGACACGGCGGUGGGGAACAGCUUCCUACGGGCGGCGGCGCACGACGACGACCAGGGCAGCAACGCGGCCAUCGUCUACUCGCUGUCCCCGCAGAUGCCGGCGUACCUUCACAUCAACCCCAGCACAGGGUGGAUUUACGUCAACCAGCCCAUCUCGCAGACAUCCAAGAUCAACCAGCAGAUCGUGGCGUCGGACGGCGGCGAGCGUAGCAGUUCGGUAGAUCUGACCGUCAUCAUCACCAACGUUCAUAAUCAGCCACCCCACUGGGAGCAGGCGGAGUACUGGGUCACCGUGCCCGAGAAUACCGUCAGGGACGCCAAGAUCCUGACAGUCAAAGCUACGUCAGCGCUAGGCGACCCGCGGGUCACAUACAACCUGGAAGAGGGUCAGGUGCCCGAGACCAACAUGCCGGUGCGCUUCUACCUGAAACCCAACCGGGCGGGAGGCUCGGCGUCCAUCUUGGUGGCCGAGAACUUGGACUACGAGACCACGCGCUUCUUCGCUCUCAGGGUCCGGGUCCAGAACGUUGCCGCCGUGCCGCUAGCGUCCUUCGCUACAGUUUACGUCAACGUGACGGACGUGAACGACAACGUUCCGUUCUUCUUAUCGUCGACGUACGAGGCCACGGUUCCCGAGGGUGCCGAAGUGGGUACGUCGGUGGCCCAAGUAUCAGCCAUUGACUUAGACUCUGGCCUUCACGGCAAGGUCCGCUACUCCAUCUUAAAAGACGAAAGCGAAGAUUUCCGAUUAUUCAGCAUCGACCCGACGAGUGGCGCCAUCGCUACGCGUGCCUCCUUCGACCGUGAACAGAAAGCCUCUUACCUCAUCGAGGUCCAGUCGCAGGACGGGUCGGAAUCGGCCAGACCGGGACAGCAAGGACAGCCUAACACGGACACGGCUUACGUGAGGAUUUUCGUCGCUGACGUGAACGACAACGCUCCGACGUUCCCGCGAGCCGUCUACGAGGUGAGCGUGGAGGAGGACAAGGAAGUGGGCUUCGUGGUCAUCACCGUCACCGCCAACGACCACGACGAAGGCGCCAACGCCAAACUGCGCUACCAGAUCGCGGCGGGCAACACCAUGGGUACCUUCGACGUGGAGCCCGAGGUGGGCACCGUGUUCGUGGCGCAACCGCUAGACUACGAAAUGGAGCGGCGCUUCGAGCUGCGACUGGUCGCCUCGGACGGCAAGUGGGAGAACGAGACGCUGGUGGUGGUGCAGGUGGUCAACCGCAACGACGAGGCGCCCGUCUUCAGCCUCAGCGAGUACCACGCCGUCGUCCAGGAGGAGCUUACCGAGUUGCCGGUUUUCAUCAUGGAGGUUUCCGCCACCGAUCCAGACCAAGACGCUGACCAGACAGCUGUCCGUUACUCCCUCCAUGGCCAAGGCGCCGGUGGCGAGUUCACCAUCAACGAGCGUACCGGGAGGAUCUACGCCCAACGCCGCUUGGACCGCGAAGAGCGCCCGGCCUGGAGGUUUCUCGUCCUGGCCACGGACGAGGGCGGGACGGGCCUCACGGGAUUCGCGGACGUAUUCUUGGAAGUCCGCGACGUCAACGACAACGCGCCAUUCUUCCCUUGCCCGGCGUUGGAAGCGGAUGGUUGCUUCCUAGGCCGAGUGGCAGAGAACUCCCCCGCCGACACCUCCGUCAUGGAGAUGCGGGCCACGGAUUUGGACGACGCCAACGAGGGGAAAAACGCGGCGCUGAGCUACAGCAUCGUCAAGAACGUCCGCAACGAGAUCAACCUCAAUCUGUUCUCCAUCAACGCCACCACAGGGACCAUCUACACGGUGCUGCGUUCUUUGGACCGGGAGGCGGAGGAGCGCUACCUGGUGGUGGUGGAAGCACGGGACGGAGGAGGAUUGGCCGGGACCGGGACGGCCACCAUCUUGAUUUCCGAUGUCAACGACCACCCACCGAUCUUCUCCCAGAAGGUUUACUCUGCCCAGGUCUCGGAGGAUCUGGAGGUGAACAGCGAAAUUCUCGUGGUGUCCGCCACCGACGGAGACAAAGACGAGAACGCCGUCGUCACCUUCAGCAUCGUAGGGGGCGACGAGGACAGGAAGUUUCUAGUGGAGACGGACAAGGUGAACCGACGCGGCGUGAUCAAGCUCAAAAAGAAGGUGGACUUCGAGAAGCCCCAGGAGAGGACUUUCAACCUGACCCUGAAAGCCGAAGAUGCUGAUUUCUUCAGCCUGGCGUACUGUCUGGUGCAGGUGCAGGACGCCAAUGACCACGCUCCGGUCUUCUUACCGCAGUUCUACGAGUCGCCGGCCAUGACCGAGGAUGUUCCCGUGGGCACCAUCGUGGCCCAGGUGAUGGCUACCGAUCUAGAUUCCGGACAGAACGGACGCUUUACUUACAGCGUCGCCAAAGAGUCGGACCCCUAUGGUCAGUUCCUGGUGGACCAGUCCGGUUGGGUGGUGGUGGCUAACUCCUUGGACCGGGAGAAAAUCUCUCAACACCGGGUCACAGUCCUCGCCACGGAUGCCGGCAAUCCCAGUCUGACCGGCACGGCUAUCGUCAUGGUGACCGUGCUGGACGUUAACGACAACGGGCCUGAGUUUGAGGCCCCGUACCGGCCGGUGGUGUGGGAGAACGCAGCUUCCCCGCAGGCGGUGUGGAUGAACGCCAGCUCGCGGCUGUUGCACGCCACCGACCGCGACCUCUCCGCUAAUGGCGGACCUUUUUCCAUACGACUCCUCCCACUUUCUGCCGACGCCGCUAAUUUCAACUUGACGGACUUCCGAAACGGAAGCGCCGCCAUCACCGCCUUGAGGACGUUCGACCGCGAGCGCCAGAAGGAGUACCGACUUCCCAUUCUGAUGGUCGACAGCGGGUCGCCCGCCAUGAGCUCCACCUGCACGCUGACUGUCAUCAUCGGGGACCGGAACGACCACCCCCAUUCGCCAGGACACGCCCACUUCAUCGUGUACAGCUACGAAGGUAUCCUGCCAACAACGGUGCUGGGCCAAAUCCCGUCCCCGGAUCUGGAUGACUGGAGUGAGAAGACUUACCGAUUUGAAGGCAAACCAUCCAGGUUGUUCAGCGUCAACCACAGUUCGGGCCAGUUGAGCAUCAAGGAAGGCGUCCCGCCCGGUUCGUACCAGCUCCUGGUACGCGUGUCCGAUCCUGCCUGGCCGGACGUGACGUCCGCGGCGCACGUGGACGUCGUGGACCUGCCGCGGGAGGCGCUGCUUAACGCCGCGUCGCUCAGAAUUCGCAACAUGACGGUGCAAGAACUGUUCUCAUCCCGAAACGGCGAGGAAAGCCGCUUCUCCCGAUUGGGACGUGCGCUCGCUCAAGUCCUGCGGACGGCGCCGGAGAAGGUCCAAGUGUUCUCCGCGGGGGCCGCCGAGGGCCCCGAUCGAGAGACCGACGUGUGGUUCGCCGCGUACGGGUCGCCGUACUACAAAGCCGAGAAGCUGCACGGCUACGUAGCGGCUAAUAAAGACAAGCUGGAGUCUGCGUUAGGCAUCUCUAUCUCCCAGGUGGGAGUGGACGACUGCCCACGCUCAGAUUGCGCCUCCUCUGGCGGCUGCUCCACCCGAGUGACGUUCGGCCACACCCCGAAGGCGCUCAACGCCGGCAACGUGUCUUUGAUUUCCCUCCCGGCCGAGACGACGGCGCUGUGCGGCUGCCGCGCUCGCCAAGCAGCGCACCCGCCUUGCUCGGCGUUCCCCGCCGACCCCUGCCUCAACGGUGGCGUCUGCCAGGACGGCCCCCUGGGAUACAGGUGCGAGUGUCCGCCCAUGUUCGACGGACCCGAGUGCCAGCAGACCAAGCGCAGUUUCGGCGGCGGGGGGUACGCCUGGUUUCCCCCCUUGACCCCGUGCUUUCAAAGCCAUAUUUCCGUGGAGUUCCUGACAGAGGAGGCGGACGGGUUGCUCCUGUACGACGGGCCACUGGGAGCCGCCGCCCUUCCGGGGGAGCCCCAAGACUUCAUUUCCAUCGAGUUGAAAAACGGCGUUCCGGUCCUGAAGGUCAACCACGGGUCGGGAACGCUCACCUUGCAGCUGCCGGCUAAAACCAACGUGGCCGACCGACGCUGGCAUCGAUUGGACGUCAUCGGCGACGGCAAGGCGGUGCAGCUGGUCCUGGAUCAGUGUUCCGGGGCGCCUGUGAGCGAACCUGAGGGCGUCGGCGAGCCGGACCCUCGAGAAGCGGACGAGUCCGGUUGCAGGGUUUCGGGGCAAACGCCUGGAAAUGACAGGUUUCUGAACGUGUAUCAACCGCUCCAGUUGGGGGGCGUCAAGCGGACGUCGCCUCAAACACGAUACCCCAGUUUCAAAGGCUGCGUUCGGAAUUUGGUGGUGGAUACGCAGGUGUACGAUUUGGAGCAUCCGGGCGAAAGCGAGGAUAGCGACCCGGGUUGCGCGGCCACGGACGGCGUGUGCGUGACGGCGGCCGGGCCCUCGUGCGGGGCGCGCGCCUCUUGUCUGGCCGACUGGGGGGCCUUCAGCUGCGAGUGCCACCCGGGUCAUGCCGGGCACAAAUGUGACACAGUGGUUCCAGAGUUCUCUUUGGACUCGGAGAGCGUGCUGAGGUUCCACCUCGGAGGCGGGGGCGGCACCAACCGGCGCACCGAAAUCCAACUGCUCCUGCGCACCCGCGCCACUUCGGGCAUCUUGCUCUCCGUCACGUCCCGGGAAGCCCACGAGUACGUCGUGCUGGAGAUUGCCGAGGGGCUCCUGUCGGUACGGGCGCACCUGGGGGACGCCGCCCAGGUGUUGCAGCUCCCGGGCCAGCGCGUGGACGUGGGUCAGUGGGUGCUGGUAGGCCUCAGUCGCCACGACAACUUGUUCACGCUGAGGUUGGAGCGGGGCGGCGGCGAGCGGGAGGUCCGAGCCCGUCUCGGGAACCGGCGCGAGCUGCUGGGGGACCCUGCCGGCGUCACCGUAGGGGGCGGAGGUUUUCAGGGUUGCAUGCGUGAUGUUCGUUUGAACGGCCGGGCGCUCCCAUUGGACGGCGGCGGCGGAGAUCUGGUGAGCGUGCUGGAAAGACGCGGCGUCACGUUGGGGUGCUCGAGCAACGCCUGCCGGGCGCAACCUUGUUCCGAGCCGUUUCGCUGCGUUGACCUGUGGAGGAAACAUCAGUGCAAGUGCCCCGACGGUCAGGUGAUGGUGCCGGAUGAAUCGGGCGGCUCACGUUGCGCGCCGUCGCCGUGCGCGCCGACGUCGUGCCGUAACGGCGGCUCGUGCCAGCCGCUGUCGGCCGAGGGCUACCGCUGCCGCUGUCGGCCGGGCUUCCGCGGGCGUCGCUGUGAGCUUGGCCAGUACCGGGGCCAGCGAUUGGCCGCCCUCAGCCCCGGCUCCAUCCUGGCCAUUAGCAUGUGUCUACUCGUCUUUUUCGCGGUUCUUGUUGCGGUGACGGUAUGGAACCAAAAAGGCAGCCGCAACAAAUUCCGAAAGCGCGGCGUCUACCACAUCCCGGCCGAGCGCCAGAGCUGGGAAGACGUCCGCGAGAACAUCCUCAACUACAACGAGGAAGGCGGAGGAGAGCAGGAUCAGAAAGGUUACGACAUGACCGAACUGAAGCGUCCGCUCCGCUGCAGCCUCUCCCAAUCGUCCUCGUGCACCACGGCGCCGCUCAUCAAGUCGUCUCCGGGCUCGCAGGAGGAAGUACGUUCCCACUGCGCCCCCUACCUGAGCGUCCCGCGACCGCACCUCCGCGCCCCGGCUUCCUCCUCGUCCUCAUCGUCGUCGCGCUCCCACGUGGACUUCAAAAGCUACGUGUCGCGUAUCGUGUGGGAGGCCGAUCACGACGCCGCCGCGCCGCCGGAGGACGUUUUUCACAUCUGGCGGGACGAAGGGAGCGGGACGCCGGCGGGGAGUCUGAGCUCGCUCGGAAGCGACGACGACGAAUGCGACGACGAUACGGCAUACGAGCGAUUAUCGCGCUGGGGACCUAAAUUCCAGACGUUGAGCGAUAUGUACGAUCGCCCGCAGAGGGCGCAAUCGUAA